UGUGAUGAUACCAAAGCAUUUAAAGCUGUAUUUAUCCUCUUUUAGGUGAUGAAAACGUACCACAUGUACCACACUGAGAGCAUCAGUGCAGAGAGCAAGCUCAAAGAUGCUGAGAAGCAGGAGGAGAAGCAAUUCAGCAAGUCCGGAGAUCUCAACGUCAACCUCCUGCGCCACGAGGAUCGCCAACCGAGACGCAGCACCGCCAGGAAAAUCGAGAAGAUGAAAGAGAAGAGGCAAGCCAAGUACUCAGAGAAUAAGCUGAAAUGCACAAAGGCCCGGAAUGACUAUUUGUUGAACCUGGCAGCAACAAAUGCAGUGGUGGCAAAAUAUUACAUCCAUGACGUCUCUGAUAUGAUCGAUUGCUGUGACCUGGGCUACCACGCUAGCUUGGCGCGCACCUUCAGGACCUACUUAUCUGCAGAGUACAACUUGGAGACGUCGCGCCACGAGGGACUGGAUAUCAUCGAGAACGCAGUGGACAACCUGGACUCCCGCAGUGACAAGCACAAGAUCAUGGAUAUGCAUAACCAGGUGUUCUGUCCUCCGAUGCGCUUUGAGUAUCUGCCACACAUGGGAGACGAGGUGUGCCAGGUCAGCGCCCAGCAGCCGGUCCAGACUGAGCUCCUGAUGCGCUACCACCAACUGCAGUCUCGCUUAGCGACACUAAAGAUUGAAAAUGAGGAGGUGAGGAAGACCUUGGAUGCCACCAUGCAGACGCUGCAGGACAUGCUGACAGUGGAGGACUUUGAUGUGUCGGAUGCCUUUCAGCACAGCCGCUCCACUGAAUCCAUUAAGUCUGUGGCCUCCGAAUCCUACAUGAGCAAGCUCAAUAUCGCCAAGAGGAGGUCGAACCAACAGGAGACAGAGAUGUUCUACUUUUCAAAAUUCAAGGAGUACCUGAACGGCAGUAACCUCAUCAUUAAACUGCAGGCCAAGCAUGACUUACUGAAGCAGACACUGGGUGAAGGGGAAAGAGCUGAGUGUGGAACAACAAGGCCCCCCACCCUUCCCCCUAAACCACAGAAAAUGCGGAAGCCUAGGCCACGCUCCGUGUAUAACCAUAAGCUGUUUAACGGCAAUAUGGAGACCUUCAUCAAGGAUUCAGGUCAACCCAUUCCACUUGUUGUUGAAAGCUGUAUCAGAUACAUCAACCUAUACGGUUUGCAGCAGCAGGGCAUCUUCCGCGUGCCAGGAUCACAGGUGGAGGUCAACGAUAUUAAAAACUCAUUUGAGAGAGGUGAAGAUCCCCUGAUCGACGACCAGAACGAGCACGAUAUCAACUCGGUGGCGGGUGUGCUGAAGCUGUACUUCAGAGGCCUGGAGAACCCCCUGUUCCCCAAGGAGCGCUUCCUGGACUUCAUCUCCACCAUCAAGCUGGAGUCGGGAGCUGAGAGAGCGCAUCACAUCCAGCAGAUUGUUGUGACUCUUCCACGGACCGUCAUCAUCGUCAUGAGAUACCUGUUUGCUUUUCUCAACCAUCUUUCCCAGUACAGCGAUGAGAACAUGAUGGAUCCGUAUAAUUUGGCGAUCUGCUUCGGUCCGACCCUGAUGCCCAUCCCAGACGGCCAGGACCCCGUAGCAUGCCAGGCUCACGUUAACGAGGUCAUCAAGACCAUCAUUAUCCACAAUGAACUCAUCUUUCCAAAUCAACGUGAGCUUGAUGGCCCGGUGUACGAGAAGUGCAUGACCGGGGGGGAGGAGUACUGCGACAGCCCCCACAGCGAGCCGGGGACCAUCGAUGAGGCCGAUAAUGGGACUGAACCACACACCAGCGAUGAAGAGGUGGAACAGAUCGAGGCCAUCGCCAAGUUUGACUACGUGGGACGCACUCCCAGAGAGCUGUCCUUCAAGAAGGGAGCCUCCCUGCUUCUGUAUCACCGAGCAUCUGAAGACUGGUGGGAGGGCCGACACAACGGCGUGGAUGGCCUCAUCCCCCAUCAGUACAUUGUGGUUCAAGACCUGGAUGAUGCUUUCUCAGAUAACCUCAGCCAGAAAGCAGACAGUGAAGCCAGCAGUGGACCGCUGCUGGAGGACAAGGGUUCAUCCAAAAACGACGCCCCGUCACCGUGCGAGCAGUCGCCUGAUUAUAACUUUGGAGGAGUCAUGGGGAGGGUCAGGCUACGAUCCGACGGAGCUGCAAUCCCGCGCCGUCGGAGCGGUGCGGACACUCACAGCCCAACCAGAGUGGCUGACACUCCUCCACGGGCCGCGGCCUGUCCGAGCAGCCCUCACAAGGUCGCGAUCAACAAGGGUCGAAUGGAGAGCCCGGAAAAAAGGCGCCUCGGCACCUUUGGUAGCGCAGGCAGCAUCAACUACCCAGACAGGAAGGGCUAUCCCGAGGGCCACCCGCUCAGACCAGUGCCAGGAGCCACUCGUCACAGCAGCCUGGGGGACCACAAAUCACUGGAAACUGAGGCUCUGGCUGAGGACAUAGAGAAGACCAUGACCACAGCGCUUCACGAGCUGCGUGAGCUGGAGCGACAGAACACCGUCAAACAGGCCCCCGACGUGGUCUUGGACACUCUGGAGCCGAUGAAGAACCCGGUCAGCUCAGAGCCCGGCAGUCCGCUUCACACCAUCAUGAUCCGCGACCCGGACGCAGCCAUGCGCCGCAGCAGCAGCUCCACCUCCGAGAUGAUGACCACCUUCAAGCCCGCUCUCUCCGCCCGGCUGGCCGGGGCCCAGCUUCGCCCGCCGCCCAUGAGGCCAGUGCGCCCCCCGCCAACCCAGCACCGCUCCAGCAGCUCCAGCUCCUCCGGGGUCGGCAGCCCCGCCGUGACUCCCACCGAGAAGAUGUUUCCGGGUAACAGCACAGCUGCAGGUUCUAACAUGAACAUCUCCAGUGACGGCGGGGACAAGUCUGGUACCAUGUAGCAGAGGUGGGAAGGCUGUACAGCUGUCCAAGUGAGGGAAAGGCUUACGAGAAACAUGUGCCGAUGUGUGAAAAGCAGAUAACUUCCUCUCCGUUUGACUGAAUUCAUAUGUAUAGGAAGCUCCUGGAGCUUCUAAAGCCCGUUACCAUGGUGAUAAAGCGGCGAAAGAAGCUGCAGAGCCGUGAUAGCGCAAAUCGCUCGGCUCUCUUUGAAACUUGAUUUAACUCCAGUAAAUGUGUAUACGAGUCCGUGUGUUUCUGUUUUACCUCAGAGGUCUGUGGCCUCGUGGUCUCGCUCUGGAGAUACUUUGAAUGCAAGUGAAGCAAUACUUGUGUGAAAUGUGGUUUUUCCAGCCAUCACGUGAGGUCCAGCUGAUGUUUCUGUCACUCCUGUUGACGUGUGAGGACACCUCAUCUGGACUCGGUUUGGCCGUUCAAGCUAAAAUGCCACGUCUGUUUAGGGCACAGGCCUCUAUGGCUGUACAUACAAACCUACUUGAACUCACCAUGCUUUCUGUUUGUAUUAUAAUACAGUGGAUGUUCAGCAAAGUAAAAUAAAACAUAGUGACAUUUAAUUCUGCAUGCAGGGACUGGAGAAAAUAAGAGAAAUAUUAAAGACUUUGAUAGAUCUGUAAUGACACGGUCAGUGAACGAGCUUGCUAAUUAUCUUAAGAAUAAAAAAAAAAUCAGUUUGAAACCUUAUAAUGAAAAAGAAAAUCAAAUUUAAUGUGUCCAAAUGUUAGAAGAACUAAUACCUUGUUAUCAGACAGUGUUGUGUUUUAAACCUGCCACUGGUUUGGCUUGACGGCAGAAGAUAAAGCAUCCUGGCAUGAAGGUGACUCCUGAAGUCUUACUAAUCAAUAUGACAGAACUAAAACGCGAGUCGUCCUCUACCGUCAUGCACGGUUGGGCCAUGUGGGGGUUUUAUUUUCUUCUCUGUACUGUAUAAAUGAAAUGCAGAAAACUAAUGCACCAACUAAUGUAGGAGCCCUGUGGUAAACGUGUACAUAAUAUAUAGCUAGUAAUUUCUAAGUGUUAAUCGUGUACAGGUUAAUACAGGAAACGAGAUGGUGUGAGUGUAAAGAUCAUGAAGCGCCUCUUUGUCAUCUCCAGUAAAGUUUUAUUUGACUGUAAAGUAGAGUUGUUUACCAUGUACUGUGUGCUUACGAUGCAUUUGGUAAUUGUACUGUAGAAAACUGAUUGCUGUUGGACAGACCACCAAGACUGAAUUAUUUGAUCUUCGUUAUGUUUUCGACAUAUAUUCCCAUCCUGACACAGCUGGCGAGUGUUUCCUGUUCAGUUCUCAUUCUGAGGAAUUAUGAUUCAAUUCAAAAAAAAAAGGAAAGGAAAAGGAAAAAGUCCCCCGUGACAUUUCCUCUUUCAGGUUUAGCGUACUAAACUCAUCCACGGAGGCGUCGAUGUUGUAACGUACUGUUAUCAGAGCAGCCUCCUUCCUUUCUGCCUUUUACUUAUCGAUCGAUGAACCGUCGGCUCCUCCUCUUUUCGUUGGAGGAAUGAAAACAUUGCAGCGUUUCUAUCUACUGUACCUCUUGUCACUCUGACAGCUCUAAUCCAGAGACCUUGUAAUCCGCAUCCCAAAGAGCCUGCUCCGUUCUGCAUGUUUGGCGCUGUGAUGUGGGACUCGUGUUAUGUCAGACUCGAUGGCUGUGUGGUGCCUUUGCCUUGGUGAAACGCACAAAUUAGUUCAAUAAUUCAAUUUAUUUUUUUUAUUUUGUUCCUUUAAAGAAACCGGCCUUAAUAUUUACGGAUAAUAAAUUAAGCCACUUGUAGCAGUUAAUAAAAUAGAAGUGGAAAAACAUUGCUUGAUUGAAAAAAUAAAUAAUAAUAAUAAUAAUAAAACGUUAAUCCUUAGCAUGUCAACCAGGCACUGAUUCCACAGACACAUGCUGUAAAUUGAAAAUAUUUGCUUGCAGUGUUUUUAAUAGUCACAGACAGAUGUAAUAAUAAUAAUAUCCAGGGUGGGAGGAUUGUUAAGAAGUUUGUACACCCAGAAAAAAACGAAAAAAAAAGGCAAUAUAGCAUUUAAAGUCAAAUAGUGCACUCACACCCUCUGCUGGUUCGUGCUGGUGUUGCUUCCUCUUGUCCCGAACCGGCAGAUGCUGUCACCUCUCGCGGGCAUUAAUUAUAUUAUCUGGAGCAUUUAUGACGAUGCCUAAACUCAUUCAUCUAGUUCUUAUCGUCUUAUCGUCCUGGUUUUGCACCGGUUGAAAUCUAUGAAGUUGAUGUUACAAAAAAAAAAAAGAAGCAUUCGUUUAUUGAAAUACGAAGAAAGCACACAAUUUUCAAAGGUGAACUGAUCAUAUUUAACUAGAUUUUUUUCUUGUUUUGUUUUUAAUUUAUAGACACUUGUGUAUGUGGAGCAGGAAAUUUGAGUGCCUUUUGCGCACAACAUCAAUUUUUAUUGGACUUUUACUUUUUUACUUUUUUAACUGUAAGAUGUGGUCUAUUAGUUGUCAUGUUGAUUAUGAACAGAUGUUGCCUUGUCGUCCUUCGUUUUUAAUGCUACUCAGCUGUCAAGCCGCCAUAACGAAUAAAUGCAUUGUGUAGAGAUGCUCCUCUCCUGAACCGCAGAAGAAUCGUCGAGAACGGCUCGUCGCUGAAGAACAGGAGUCAUAGAAACUACUGUAUACAUAAUCUACUGGUGAAGCUCAGUAGAAUCAUCUCAGAAUAUUUCCUUCGUCUUUAUUUUGUUUGUUCGGUUUUCCCUGUGAACUGCCUGUGCUGUGGUUGAGCCUUUAUUUCUUGUCAUUUAGCUCCUUCCCUUUCAAGGAAAUGUCACCGCAGUGUUGUCGGCGACAGCAGGACUGAUGCGUGCUGUCAUCGUCCACACGUAUGACGUCACGCUGACAUUUUCUUUCCUGGAAUGUAUGUUGAAAAUGGGUUACACUGUUUGUCUGCUGACAUGAGGAGACGGUUGGUUAAUAUUCCAAUAGACCAUCACAGAGAGAGAGAGAGCAGAAAGAAGCCCUGCUGGGCGAGUGUGAGUCGCUGUCACACUGUUUACCUUCUCAACUUAACUGUUUGUCUAGUGAUGCUGUUUGUUGAUGAGUGUCUGGUUGGUUCAAACCUGUGAUGUAACGUACAUCAUACCACUGACUGGGUGUUGAAAACUCCUGCGUCCGAAUAAAACCAUUAAGCUCUGUGAUCUGGA